GGCGCCUGGCUCCCGCGUGGGGCGCCAUGGACGACGUCGGCAGCUCCGCGGGCAGCGGGGCCUUCCGCCCGGGCGUGGACAGCCUGGACGAGCCGCCCAACAGCCGCAUCUUCCUAGUGAUCAGCAAGUACACGUCGGAAUCGGUGCUGAGAGAGCGCUUCUCGCCCUUUGGAGACAUCCAGGACAUCUGGGUGGUGCGCGACAAGCACACUAAGGAGUCCAAGGGCGUCGCCUUCGUCAAGUUCGCCCGCAGCUCACAGGCUUGCCGGGCUAUGGAGGAGAUGCACGGGCAGUGCCUUGCUCCCAACGACACCAAGCCCAUCAAGGUUUUCAUUGCCCAGUCCCGAUCAUCAGGAAGUCACAGAGACGUUGAAGAUGAAGAACUCACAAGAAUCUUUGUUAUGAUACCAAAGUCCUACACCGAAGAAGACCUGCGGGAGAAAUUUAAGGUGUAUGGAGAUAUUGAGUAUUGCAGCAUUAUUAAGAAUAAAGUCACUGGAGAAAGUAAAGGUUUGGGCUACGUUCGCUAUUUAAAACCAUCACAAGCUGCCCAAGCAAUAGAAAACUGUGAUAGAAGUUUCAGGGCGCUCUUGGCUGAGCCUAAAAAUAAGGUGUCGGAGUCCCCAGAACAGGGUUACUACAGCAGCGUGAGGCAGGAGGCUCCGGGGAGUGAGCCUAGAGCAAGCCUGUUCCCCUCAGUUGGAGAACAGCAGUCUGAAUUUUCAAGUUUUGACAAGAAUGAUAGCAGAGACCAGAACGCAAUCUCCAAACGCCUGUCAGUCGUGUCGCGAGUCCCCUUCACGGAGGAGCAGCUCUUCAGCGUUUUUGACAUAGUUCCAGGACUGGAGUAUUGUGAGAUUCAGCGUGAUCCUUAUUCAAAUUAUGGCCACGCUGUGGUUCAGUACUCUAACGCAGCAUCAGCUGUCUAUGCAAAAUACAAAUUGCAUGGGUUCCAGUACCCUCCUGGGAAUCGCAUAGGAGUUUCCUUCCUGGAUGAUGGAAGUAAUGUGGCAGAUCUCAUCAGAAAAAUGGCCACACAGAUGGUGGCAUCACAGCUGGCGUCAAUGGUGUGGAGUAACCCCAGCCAGCAGCAGCUUCUGCAAUUUGGAGGAAGUUCUGCGUCACAGUUGCCUCAAAUCCAGACAGAUGUUGUACUUCCAUCGUGCAAAAAGAAAGCCCCUCCUGAAACUGCUGUGAAAGAAAGACUGUUUAUCGUCUUUAACCCUCAUCCUUUGCCGUUAGACGUGUUGGAGGACAUAUUCUGUCGUUUUGGGAACCUGAUUGAAGUCUACCUUGUGUCUGGAAAAAAUGUGGGAUAUGUCAAGUAUGCAGACAGAAUGAGUGCCAGCGAUGCGAUCACCACCCUGCACGGGAAGAUUCUGAAUGGGGUCAGACUUAAAGUCAUGCUGGCAGACUCCCCACGAGAAGAGUCUAAAAAGCGGCAGAGAACUUACUGAGUCUUAGAACAAAGACUAAGUAAUGACAUAGUCCUCAGCUGACUGACUGAAAAUGUGACUGGACGAACUCCCUGUGGACAGUUGACAGCUUUUUUUUUUUCCCCCACAUAUCUCAUAGUCUACACACCAUUGCUUGUUUGGGAUUGCUGACAUGCAUUUUUGUGUGACCUUAAUGAUAAAACUAAUAUAGUAGUUGUUUCCUAGAACAGAAUGUUGUGUAUAGCAGAAAUAAAGCUUCCUUAGAGGAAUAUGUUGUCGUAUGUAGCAGAAAUAAAGUUCGCUUUGCAUAACUAAAUCAUGACUUAUUUAUAUGAAAGACAAGAAUAAAAAAGUAGUAAUAGUUGGUGUUUAGAAUUUAAGUAAGUGGCAUGUUCCAUUGAUUUCGAGAUGCAUAUUUUUUCAAGUUUUAAUAUCUAUGAAAGUAGAAAUAUGCCAGUUGUAGCUGG